AUGUCGGAGCUGCAGAGCCCUAGGAGUGGCCUCAGCUCGGCUGCUGCUGGCAAUGGUAGUUGCACAUUCAACACGUCUAGUGUUGAGUACCUGGCCCUAAAGGAACAGGUAGGGUCGGAGACUACUUUGGAGAACGCCACGGAGCUGCUGAGGGAGUCUUAUGUCCUUCACGCUGUGUGUGGGCAUAGGAAUGUGGUGUCGUUGGCUGGGAUAGCGGCUGAUCCCGACACAGAGACCUAUUCUGGGAGGUUCCUAGCAACGCAGCUGUUGGAAAGUUCCCUUCCAGCGGUUAUCUAUGGACCCACGAGCACUGACAGUGUGGUAUUGGAUUCGAAGGCGGUGCAUGGGUUUGCCCUGGACAUCGCGUGUGGGUUGGCGUAUAUGCAUCGGCACUCCCUCGUUCAUGGUGAUGUGAAAAGUCCGAAUGUGUUGGUGGAUUUGAGGACUACUCCUCCUACGGCUAAGUUGUGCGACUUCGGGCAUUCGGCGAAUAGGAUAGUGCCGAGGUACCAACGAAGAAUGUGUACCUUUGGCUGGGCUAGUCCGGAGAGCCUUCGUGAUGAUGAUAUCAGCACGCCUAGCGAUGUGUGGUCUUGGGCGUGUAUUGUGUGGGAGAUGGUGAACAGGGAGAUACCGUGGAGGAUGUGCUCUCACAGUGAGAUGGUAGCAGCGGUAGGAAUGUGCGGUCUCCACCCUGGGCGGUACAUUGGUAACGGCUGUAUGAACGCCAAGAUGUGCCCUCUGCUGAAGCGUAUGACGGACCGGUGUUGGGUGUAUAACCCGACGCAUAGGGUGAGCAUGGAGAGGUGUGUGAGGGCACUACGAAGGAAUAGACAACGGACGAUCAAGCGAUGUGAAAUGGACUUGUGGGAAUUUUUUGGGGAAGUUGAGGGAUAG